AUGAAGCACAUUAUCUACGCGAUGAGCAAGAACAAUGCAUGGCCCAAAUCGCGACAAAUUGGCUUCCCCGAGUGGAGGUCACAAGGCACGUUGGAUAAGCGCGGCGCCCCCGAGCUACAUGAGCACCUUAGAUAG